GUCCCCAGGGCUCUGAACCUGGGCCUCUGCUGUGUGCCUGCAGGACCUGGAAGUCCAGCUAGUCCAGAAGGACUGACUAGGCCCUCGUCCCCCAGGAACUGUCCAACAAACCCCACGCCAGCCCUGGGUGCCCAGUGGGGCUGUGUCUGGUCCGAGAGCCUAGCCUGCCUUUGUAUGGGGUACCCUGGUGGCUGUCCUCUCGGGAAGGUGGGGGAAUAGGGACCCCGAGGACAUCGGGAGGACAGGCCCUUCCCUUCAAUGAAUUUUGGUUCUGAGGACGUGGCCUGGGUCCCAUCAAGCUCCCCGCUGGCAGCACUGGGUACAGAUAUGCUCAUUGCCCACUCCCUUCUCCUGGGCAGCCUCAGAGACGGCUGGGUCUGGGGAGUCUCAGAGACACACCCAUCCCGAGGGCUCCCCAAAUGCCUCUCAUUAGAGGGGCAGUCGCUCCUGGCUGCAGGGCCCACUCCAGUGCAUGUCCCUUCCCAAGAGGGACUCCUGUUGGCAUCCGUCCAGCUGGGAGAGGUCCAGCUUAGGACAAGGAGGCCCCAGGGGAGAAGAAGGGGGAGGAGACGCUGCCCUGGCUGAACGUCCAGUGCCAGACACAGAGAGGCCUCCCGGAGACCCCGGCAGGGAGGAGAGCUCUGUGUCUGCAGGGACCGCCCUGGGUCCCUCCCUCCCUCGCCUCCCCACUGGGACGGGGUCCCACAGCCUGAUGGAUAAGCUGGCAGUGUCCCUGUGGUCCCUGUGGCUCUGGGAAGGUUCCGGUGAAUGAGAACAAAUGCCCUUCCCCUGGUAAGUAUGAAACACGUUAUCCAUGGGGCAGGUCACGCUGAAGGGGGCCAAAGGGAAAUCACAUUCCAAGUGCAGGGCUAAGAAGACGCGGGUCCGUGUGGGUGGUUCCCCUCCCCAGGACUCAGUCCACAGCUCUGCUACAGGCCAGUGCACUGUGGACUCCAAGUUCUUUCCCUAAUCUUACAGUGGGGUCAGCUAUGCUUCUCAUCAGGAGAACCGGUGGUCACGCGCCACCUGUACCUGGUGUGUGGCCGCCCAAUGGAAGGGCCUUUCCUCGCAGGUGUAGGGUCUGGGGGAGAGGCCAGCCCCUCCCCGGGUGUGGUGGCUCAGGUGGACAGCGUCACCCAGGGCGUCUCCAGGUCUCCAGAAAACCGCUUCCAGACAACAGCGUUCCUUAGUCCCCAUGGCAACCAGGCCUGCACGCCUGUUUCCAGGGAAACCCAGCCUUCAGCGUCGCGGUUGCCACAGCAACACCUAAGAGCUCAGUUGUCCACGUGGUCCCAACCCAGAGGGGGCAGCUGAGAGCCCAGGACAGGAGCAGGUGUUACACAGGUGUGGGCCCCCCCACAGAAGGAGGUUCCAGAAGGAGCCCAGCUUUCUCCUGGGUCACACGCUCUGCUUGCAAUGAGUUCUGCCUCCAGCGAGCCUGGCGAUGGGGCCACCACUGAGCGGUCCCGGCUGGGGCUGGACGCCGUGAUCCAGAGGCUGGAGGACACUGUCCUGAGCCCCACGGCCAGCAGAGAAGACCGCUCACUGACUGUGUGUGGGGUAGGCUGGCGGGCCUUGCCCACCCCCGUGCCUGCCCGCAUCCGCGACAUAGUGGCCAGCAGCCUGAGCGAGGAGCCGCCCCAAGGGGUGCGGGAGCCGCUGGCCACCUCAGCCAGCCUGCGGGAGGAGAACCAGCUCCUGCAGCAGGAGCUGUCCCGGCUGGAGGACAUGCUGGCCCAGGUGGGCGCUGAGCGGGAUGAGCUGGCCAGCCGACACCAUGCGGUCAGUGAGCAGCUGCAGGCCCGGCUGGAGACCACCGAGGCUCGGCUGCGGAGGUCAGAGCUGGAGCACAGCGGGGACCUGGAGGAGGCCCUGGGCCGGCUGGAGGCCGCUGAGCAGAGGAGCGCCGGCCUCUCCCAGGUGAACGCCCUUCUGCGGGAGCAGCUGGAGCACAUGAAGAAAGCAAACGACACGCUGGCCCAGGAGCUGGCCAGGACCACGGGCCGUGUACUCCACCUGCGGGGCGAGCUGGAGCUGAGGGAGGCGCAGCGCUGGACCAGGAGAGAGACCCGGCGUUCGCGUUUGGGGGAGCCCCGGGACUUCCUCCUCCUGUGGAGACAGGUAACAGCGCUCCGUGCACACCUGGCUGAGCUGCGGUCAGCUUCCGAGCGGGAUCUUGCUGACAUGCGAGCGGACGCGGCCAGGACGGCCCGGCGACUGCAUACGGCUUGCCUGAACCUGGACGCCAACCUGCAGCUGUCGGCCAGCAGUGCAGCCAGCACCCUGGAGCGGCAGCUGCGGGACAAGGUGUGCGAGAUGCUGCAACUGCAGGGCCGCUGGGACACAGAGAAGGUGGUGCUGCAGGCCAGACUCUCUGAGCAGACACUGCUGGUGGAGAAGCUCACAGAAGAAAAUAUGAAGAAGGAGAGCACCAUCUCUUCCCUGAAAAUGGACGUUCAGAGACUGGAGUCCGGGCACAGCAGAGGCCAGCCGGCACUGGACAACUUGAAGGGCGAAGUUGCGUCCCUACAGCACGUCCUGGACACCAUCACAGAGGUGGCCCAGGCAGACUCGGGGUGCCCAGAGCUGGUGCGGAGCAGUGGCACUGAAGUGGAAGAGGCACAGGGACCCCGGAGGAGCCCCCCACGUACCGCGUCACGGACCCAUUCCCCAGCAGCCCAGGACCCCGCACUGCGGGCCGUGCAGAUAGCCCUUGAGAGGCGGCAGCAGCAGGAGCAGGUGCUAUGCCUGCAGCUGCAGGCCUCCCAGGUGGAGGUGGCCCAGCUCCGUGGGCAGCUAUCGGAGAGGCAGCAGGAGCUACGGGCCUCUCGGAGACUCCUGCAGGAGCAGAUGCAGGAGUGGGAGGACCUCCUGAACAAGCUGGAAGUGCAGAGCCAGGAGACGCAGCACUACAGGGCAGCCAGCGAGCUCCUGGGAAGAGAGAAGAAGGCUCUGGAAAUGGAGGUGGAACAGCUGAGGGGGAAGCUGGAGGCUCGGGACACAGAGAAGAAAAGGCUGGAGGCCACGAACGCUGAGCUGCAGGAUAGCCUGCUGCUGCGGGCACAGCAGGGCGAGCGGGACCUCCGGGAGCUGGAGACCAGUCAAGGGCGCCUGGAACAGCUGGAGGAGAAGGUCUCCAGGCUCAAGAAGGAGCUGAUGUCGGCCCGGGAGGCACUGAACUCGGUCCAGCUGCAGAGGGACAUCCUGGAAAGCGAGAAGGACACUCUGCACAGUGCCCUGGCCUGGGCCGAGAUCAGCAAUGCGGACCGGGACCUGCUUAUGACCAGGCUGAAGUCAGAGGGGGUGGAGCAAAGGGACUCCCUGGCCAAAAUGGCCUCCCUGAUGGAGGGGCUGGCUCAGGACAAAGGCACCCUGAACCGCCUGGUCCUGCAGCUGGAGCAGGAGCGGGACCAGCUUCGGGAGCAGCAGAAGACGCUGGAGCGGGAGCAGGCAGGCGCCCGAGAGCAGCUGGAGCUGGUUUGGGCUGAGCGCAGGGGCCUGCAGCGGGCCUGUGGGCGCCUGGAGCGGCAGCUGGAGGGGCAGGUGGCCGGGCUGCAGGAGCGCGUGCACCAGGUCACAUGCAAGAAGCAGGCCCUAGAGGAGCAGCUGGCCCGGAGCCGGGAGGACCGGGAGGCCCAGAUGGACACUCUCCAGAGGGCCCUGCAAGAGAAGGAGGCUUUGUCUGAGCAGCGGGCCCAGCUGCUGGCCAAGCAGGAGGCCCUGGAGAGGCAGGGCCAGCUCAUGGCUGAGGAGGCAGCUGAUCUCAGGGCCGAGCGGGACUCGCUGGAGAGAAGCCUGUUUGAGGCCCAGCAGCUGGCAGAGCAGCUGCAAGAGCAGCGGGAACAGCUAGCGGGAGAGGCCCAGAGCGCCCGGCUUGCUCGGCAGGCCCUGCAAGUGGAAAUGGAGCAGCUGAAGAGCACCUGGGAGGUCCAGGAGACGAAGCUGCAGUGGGACUUGGGGCGGCUCCAGUGGCAGGUGGAACAGCAGGAGAGGGAUACACAGCUGGCCCUGGAGAGCCAGGCGCUGGCCCACCGCGAGGACCUGGCACGGCUCCAGAGGGAGAAGGACACCCUGAGCCUGUCUCUGACAGAGGAGAAGGAGGUGGCCUCGCGCCAGUUGGAACAGGAGAAGGAGCUAGUGUCAAAAUGUGCAGCCGAGAAGGAGGCUCUGGAGGAGGAAAUUCAGAGCCUGAAGCAUGAAUUGCACCAGGCCCUGUCUCUGAAAGCAGCAGAGAAGAGCCUGCUGCAGGAGGAGCUCUCCAGGGCCGCGCAGGAGCUGGAGCAGGUGCAGCAGGAGGCCCGCGGCCAGCAGGAGCAAGCAGAGGCCACGGUCAGCGCUAUGGCUGCGGAGCUGAAGGCCCUGCAGGCCCAGUUUGAAGAUGCCAUCUCCGCCCAUCAGAGAAAGGCCGCGGCUUUGAGUGAGAGUCUCCGGGAGAUGGCAGCAGAGCAGAGCAACAUGGGUAGAGAGGCUAAGAGGCUGCAGGCACAGCUAGACGAGGCCCAGGACGGGAUGGCCAGGCUGCGCAGGGAGGCCCUGGAGGCCCGCCGGGCGCUGGGUGACGAGGCCCGUGAGAAGGACGUGCUGCAGCGUUCCAACACAGAGCUGCGGGCUGCCAUCCGCAGCGCGGAGCAGGAGAAGGCCAGGUUUCAGCGGUCCAAGGAAGAGAAGGAGCAGAAGCUGAUGGUCCUGGAGGGGGCCCGAGCAGCGGCCCAGAAGGAGGCCAGCAAGCUGCGGGCCAGCCUGCGGGACGCAGAGCAGGCCCGGAUGGACGCCCGCCGCGAGCUCCAGGAGCUCUCCAGACAGGUCCUGUGGCUGCGGCGGAAGCUGGCAGAGGUGGAGGCUGGAGGUGAGGCCCGGGAGAAGCAGCUGGAGGAACGCCUCCGCGCGUGCCGGGAAGCUGAGCACACCCUCCGUGCCAAGCUGCACGCUGCCACCAGGAAGCUGCAGCAGGCCAGUGGCGUGGCUGACAGCCUCCAGGAUCGCUUGGACGAGGCCUGUGGCCGGGUCCACAGCCUGGAGCAGGAGCUGGCUCAGGCGGAGGGUGCCAGGCAGGGUGCAGAGGGCCAGCUGGGCCAGCUCUGGUCCACGCUCCACAGUGGACUGGGGCUCCCAGGACAGAGCCCCUCUACGUCCCCUGAGCGGCCUGGCUCCCCUACCAAAGGCUUGGAUGGCUCCCUGGGUCACUCUGGGCGGCAGAGUGCCAGUCCCCCUGCCCGGCCCCGCUCACCACUCCGAUGGCCCUUGCCUACACCCGGACACCACGGCCCAGAGGUGGACGUGGCCUCAGUGCGCAGCGCCCUGAGGGACUUUGUGCAGAAGCUUCGGGACGCCCAGCGGGAGCGGGACAACUGGUGCUUCCAGGUGGCAAUCCUGAGCAGCCGGCUAAGUGAGGUGGAGCGCGAGCUCACCAGAGCCCAGAGCCGCGAGGGGCAGCUGCAGAGGGCGCUGGCCCAGGCGGAGGCAGGCUGGCGCCAGGCGGAGAGCCAGGCGGGCAGCAUCCAGGCCGUGCGGACCCUGCACGGGGAGGCACUCCGGAGGCUGGAGACCGAGCCCCUGGCGAGUGUGCAGGUGGCAGGCCAGAAGCAGCGGCUCCAGGAGCACGUGGACGCGCUGCAGCAGGCCCUGGGGGACAGCAGGAGGCACCGCCAGGGCCUGGCCCUGAGGAGAAGACUGCUGGAGGAGCAGCUCGCCCGCCGCGGGUACAGGUGCCAGGAGGCCGAGGCUGCCUUGGAGCCCCUGCAGCAGGUGCUCCGCCCUCGGCAGCCCGGAGAGCAGGAGGCGGGGGCACAGCGCGCUGAGAGGCGCAUCUGGCGCGGACGCAUGGCCGCCCUGCGCCCUGAAGGGGCCCGUCUGCAGGGGGAGCUCGCGGCAAGGCACGCACCCAGAGCAGGUGGAGUAGGAGCCACUGUGGAGGGGAGGGCACAGGACACGGACAGUCCCCAAGGAGCCUGCACCCCGGGUGGACCAGCCCUGAGGCAGAGCCAGCAGCUGCAGGUGGAGGGCCAGCCUGAAGCAGCAGCUGGACCAGGAAGUGCAGCAGCGGCAACAUGUCCACCUCGGCCAGGCCUUCUGGGCCAGGAAGUGAGCCCUGCUGCCGCCGACGCCCCGCGGCCUGAGUCCCGUGGCCUGAGCCCCGUGGCCUAACCCACAUGGCCUGACCCCCAGGGGCAGCAAAGCUGUUAACAGGAAAACCGAUGCCUCAUGGGGCUCAGGGGGUGAGGGGGCCGCAGGGCACAGGCAGCCCCGAGCCCACCACUCAUCCCCCGGAGUCCCACGUCAGCAGGCACCCUCUGAUUCCACUGACCACUGAGCUCCCCUGGCCCUCAGGACCUGGGCCUCUGCUGGCGCUGGACCGCGCUCCGGACACUCCUCUCCCACAGCCCUCCCCAGCCACAGACAGCCUCCUCACACUGGCACAGGCCUGGCCCUCGGUUUCUGCCCUGGACACACUGCUGAUUGGCCAGACCCCAGUGGCCAGGCCCCGUCAGGUGGGCUUCCACAGCCACGGGCUGCGUUCUGUGCCCUCAGCUCUGUAAACACGGGAGACAUGUAAAAAACAUUCCCACCAACUGGUGCCAGAAACCCUAACGUCCUGCAAGGCCCAGCUACCACCUCCUCACCUCCGGACACUGUGGAACCUUCCAUAUCCGGGCACUAAGGUCCGUCACAGUGGCAGGUGGCUGCAAGUGGCUCAGUCAGUCCCCUGUGACUCACGGGAGUGUAAAUUAAAGAUGCAGAACCUCCCACUUUCCCAGCCUGUGAACACUGGGUCCCUCAGGGAUGGGGGCGGGAAGAAGGAACCAGAAGCCAGAGGUUGGAGUCUGUGACAGCGCUUUCUUCUCUGCAUCCCUGCGGUGUCCACUGGCGUCCCCAUGUCACAACUUUGGGACUGAAGCUCCCAGCAAGGAGCAUGGAUGGAAGAGGACUCCACUUCAGACAUGAAAGGGGUCAGGAUGAUUUCUCAGAUUUAAAAUUAAAGCCGCCCAGAAUUUGACAAACACGCUCCCUGGGAAGUGCAGGCUGCUCCUGGUCUCAGGGGAGACAUCAAAGUACCUGACGCCUCGAAGAUUGUGACAUUCCAGCGAAGAGUUCAGUCCAUGGAGAUGACACUAUUCGUACUUGUUCCACCUCCAGUGGAUUGUUAGGAAAAGGGCUUUUCUCAUGGGAAUAAAUGGGUUUUUUCUUCAGCAUU